ACCUCUUCGCCCAGAUUCGGUGGUCAACACCCAGGACUUUACCAUCGCUGAUCUCCACGCCAUGAUGAGGAGGACUACUCGCAACAGGUGGAGCGCUGAUCUCCGCACUUACCAAGCCGCCCCCAACAGGGUCUGAACCGAAAUGGACGAUUAUGUCGAGGCGGCGGCGGCUGACGGUGUGGAGGAAAUACGGAGACGAGUGUGGUACCUCGACAACUUGUAUAACCUCGCGCGCACCUCCGUCCGCUUCGAUACUCCUGAGAACCGCGCGCGUCGCCAACAAGACUUGCGCGCCAACCUCAAUGUCCUGAGCUUUGAGCGAGCUAUCGGUGAAGCUCUGAGAGACUUCGACCAUCGAUACAUUAUUGGAGAGGGAAUUGGGCGCAGCAGGAUCUUAGGGGUCCCGAGAUACUCUAACUUCGAACGUCGCUGCAUGGCAAAUGUAGGCCCACUAAUCAGGCUUGAGAGGAUCGCAGAUCCUUUCACAGGCACCCCAGACCCAGAUGAGAUGGACCAGACCAGACGGUGUAAUAUCUGCUUUGACGAUUACACCGCGGACGACCCUGGCAUGCAGCUCAGAAGGUGCGGCCACAUCGCCUGUGGACCAUGCUUGAGCACGGUGUUUAAUGACUUUGGAUUCAUCGCCAGGAGGUGUCCCUUUUGCAGAAUCGAGCUCUUCCCCAUUGCCCGCAUGCGACGCCAUCCAGACCCCGCUGUGGUCGAGGAAGCAGCGAUGGCUACGUUUGCUGAUAUGCAGCAGUUCCGUCAGAUCGUUAUAGAUGGAUUUGGCCAGGCGUACUACGACAGGUCACCGAUGUCUGAUCUCAUUGACAAUGUUGAGCAUCUUCAUGCGCCUGGGGAGCCGUACUUUUGGGUCCCUGCGCAGCGUGGGUGGUAUCGUGAAGUCGUCGAUGAACGGGGUGAACGCGUCCUCCGACCUGAGUCAGAUGAAGACCGUUUUCGCCUACUAGACGGAGAUAUUGCGAUUGAUGUUGAUAUCGAGGUCGAUGUCGAGGAGAAUAUCGAGAAUAACGAGGAUGAAAAAUCCAACGGUAGGUCUUCGUAAGCAGAAAGUGUUCAUUCUGUAAGAAACGAUUUUGUAUUCAGUCAGAAAUGAAUCUUGAAUUUCCGUACUAUUUUGAUUCGGAGCCACUGAGGCAACGAAAAUCUACCUAUCAGACUGCGAAAGCUUUCGCUAAGUG